UAACCAAACAGCAUAAAAGAUAAUAUACAUUAAUCGGUCCACGAUACCGUAACAAUUGACCACUAAAAACAGCAACUUUUUUUAGUUAUCAGUUUUAGCAAUCUAUUAAAAUGUUCUUUUCUUCGCAACUCCUCGGUCCAAUCGAGGCCCUGUCUCAUAACUUUUAACAUAUUUAUGGUAUUCUAUUCGGUAAUCUAUGAGUUUAUGAAAACUAAAUGAACCUUUUCAGCCAUGUACACAGAUACCUACAAGUAUCAGGUUAAGACCACAGUUACCGCAACUCCGCAGAAAUGCAGAACGUUCAAUUGAGAGUUGUAUAGGUACUGAAUAUAACACUUUACUGGUCAAGGGUUAUUUUAGUAUAUGAAUUAAGAUAAGCUCGUGUUCACUACGUGUUGAGACAAAAUAUUACAAUGGAUAUUGAACACGAAGAAUUAAAUCACUCUUCGAACGAAAGUAGUUCGCUUCCAUCUGAUUUGUCGUGGUCUACAUCUUCAUCUAAUACAAAUUAUCAAAUGAAGAAAAGUUUUUUUAAUGUAAUAGAUACUAACAUUUCUAUUGAUACAGAAAUAAAUGCUAUAAUAAACAUAUGGGUGAAUGUCUUUGAGAAAAAUCCAAAAACUGGUACAUUACAGUUAUUCACUAUUGUGAUGAACUGUCUUGAUAUUGAUGUUUGUGAGAGUUCAUUUACCAACUUUAAUUCAAUAAUAAUGUUUAGGAAAAUUACUAAGUGGCUAAAAAUAAUGGAAGAAGCAGGUUCAUUACUUUCUCCGGAAACAAUAAAAAAAUCAUCCGAUGUACAAAAAACAUUACAAUUUGUUUAUUCUAUUUUUCAUUGUCAUAGCAACUUAUUUUUUUCAAAUGAAACACAUAAAAGUUAUUUCAUAUUUUUAACAGAUAUUCUAAUUAAACUAUCUCAAUGUGACUUUAUUGGACCUAGACUUUUAGCUACAGAAUUAG